AUGAAUGAGACAGAUGUGGUUUCUGUCUUCUUGGAGCUUACAUUUGUUGGGGAAGCCGACAAUGCUUGGUUACAAACGUUUGCAAAUUUUGUGGAUUUUAACCCUAAUGGUACAUGCAUAGCAUCGGCAGGUUCUGAUCACACCGUGAAAAUCUGGGAUGUAAGAGUAAACAAGUUGCUUCAGCAUUAUCAAGUUCACAGUGGUGGAGUUAAUUGUGUAUCCUUCCAUCCUUCGGGCAACUACCUCAUCACUGCUUCUUCAGAUGGCACACUUAAGAUUCUGGAUCUCUUAGAAGGAAGGCUCAUAUAUACACUUCAAGGACAUACGGGACCUGUCUUUACCGUUUCAUUUUCAAAAGGUGGAGAGCUGUUUAGCUCAGGAGGUGCAGAUGCGCAGGUCUUAUUAUGGAGGACUAAUUUUGAUGACUUGAAUUGUAAAGACAUGAUUAAAAGAAAUCUCAAAAGGUUACAUUUUGAUGCAUCACCACAUCUUGUCGAUAUAUACCCGAGGACACCACAUCCCCAUGAAGGGAAAAUUGAGACUGUUGAAAUUAAUCCAAAGCUUGAGGUAAUUGAUUUGCAGACUUCUUCUCCCCCUGUUGUGGACGUCCUUUCUUUUGAUUCUACCACA